UGUAAGCUAUGUGGUAGUGAAUCAUUCGCAACAUCAAACGAUGGCAGUGUUGUAUGUACAGAUUGUGGUACCAUUAAAGAUUCAGCUAAUAUUGUAUCUGAAAUUUCUUUUGGUGACAAUUCAUCUAUUGUUGGUACAUUUGUUAGUGCUACACGUAGAACUGGCUCAAGUUAUCGUUCAUUAGGUGGUAGAGAUUCAAGAGCAAUGUCAUUAGAGAAUGCACGUAGAAGAUUAGAUGAGAUUGCAACAUCAUUAAAGAUUAGAACUCAUCAUAUUGAUUCAGCACAAAGAUCAUUCGAAUUGGCAAUGGAAAAUAAUUUUACAAAAGGAAGAAAAACCAAAUUAGUUGCAGCAUCAUGUUUAUAUGUAGUUUGUCGUAGAGAGAAAACCCCACAUCUCUUAAUCGACUUUUCUGAAGUUUUACAAGUUAAUGUUUUCACACUAGCACAUACAUUCCUUCAAUUAAUAAAGUUACUUAAUAUUCAAUUACCAAUUGUGGAUCCAUCACUUUUUAUUUAUAGAUUUUCAUCAUCAUUAGAGUUUGGUUCACAAACUAAAGAGGUUACUGCCACUGCAAAUAAAUUAGUAGCAAGAAUGAAAAGAGAUUGGAUGUGCACUGGUAGAAAGCCAUCUGGCAUUUGUGGUGCAGCUCUUUAUAUAGCCUCUAAAAUUCAUGGUUUCAAAAGAUCAAUGAAAGAAAUUGUACAUAUUGUUAAAAUUGGUGAAUCUACUUUAUUAGCACGUUUAGAAGAAUUUAGAAGAACUCCAUCAGCUUCUUUAAGAUUUAGCGAAUUUGAUGAAAUGGAAAUAGAGGAAGAGUGUGACCCACCAUCAUUUACCAGAAAUAGAUUAAAAGAACAAUUAGAGCUUGAAGCAAAACAAAAAGAACAAAAAGAAAGAGAAAAGAAAGAAAAGAAAAGAUUAAAGAGAGAGCUAAGGAAAAAAAAGAAAUCUAAAAGUGAAGAGAUUGAAAAUGAGGAAAACGAAGAAGAAAAAGAAGAAAAAGAAGAAAUUGAAGAAAUUGAAGAAAUUUUAGGCAUUUCAUACCCACCAUUACCAAGUGAAGUUGAUUCAAGUGUAUUCGAGCCAAAUGACACCUUAGAUGAUUUAAGCGAAGAUGAAUUGGACCUUUAUUUAGAGCAUGACAAAGAGACCGUUAAAAAAAAAGAAGUAAUUUGGACUGAACUAAAUAAAGAGUGGAUCGAAAAGAAUGCAGAAAGACAAAGAGAAAUCGAUGAGGAUAUUAAAGCUGGUAGACCACCACGUAAGAGAAAACAG